GAUUAUUAAAAUUUUAAUGCUGAAUUCUGAAGCGAUUCAGUCUAAGAUGCUAAUAAAUUUAAAUGAAUAAACACAAAUUUUUAUGAAUUAUGAAAUACUAAUUAUUUUAAAAUACUAAUAUGAAUACGUUGAAUUCGAAGUCGAUUGGACGCUGCAUAGGCUGUUUAUGUGAAGAAAGUGUAUCAACAUUCAAAUUAAAAAGUGAACCUUUGCGGGUCGCUUUUCAGGAGGAUUGUUUAAAACUUUGUUAUAUUUGUAAGAAAUUGGCAUGUAACGCCGAUUUAUUUGUGAGAACAGUUCAGACUAAUCAAUUAAGGCUGCAGAGUUUAAUAAAUGGCCCUGAUAUCACAGACCUUAAUAUAGAAUCUCACCCAAUUCUUCAGUUACAAACUAAAAUUAUAGAUCUACAUAGUCAUAAAAUAAAUGAACUCACACCAAGAAUAGAACAAACCAGUAAUAUUAGAGUGAAGUUGGAGAAAAAUGAUGAAAGAGAUGAUGAAGUGUGUGAUGAUAUCCAGGAUGGAUCUGAUAAUAAUGCAGAAUUUGAUUUGUCGUUAGUUAAACAGGAAGAUGUUGAACUAAGUUUUUUAGAUAAGGAUGAAACAAUUGACAAAUGUACACUCCAAUAUUACAAGUUGGAGAAAAAUGAUGAAAGAGAUGAUGAAUUGUGUGAUGAUAUCCAGGAUGGAUUGGAUAAUAAUGCAGAAUGUGAUUUGCUGUUAGUUAAACAGGAAGAUGUUGAACAAAGUUUUUUAGAUAAGGAUGAAACAAUUGAAAAAUGUAAAAAAAAAGUGUUAAAAGGGAAAACGUCAACGGAACAAACCAGUAAUAUUGGAGUGAAGUUGGAGAAAAAUGAUGAAAGAGAUGAUGAAGUGUGUUAUGAAAUCCAGGAUGGAUCUGAUAAUAAUGCAGUAUCAACGAUUGAAAUAUCGCCAAAUCCUGAGGAAUCUUCAAAUGUAGUUACUGUUCAAGUUGAUGUCCAUCAUCGGCAUUGGUCACAACUUAGUGCAUCAGUUGCUACCACAAACCAUGUCUGUGUGAAUGAAACUCAAGCAACGAAUGAUGUUUCUUCAAUCCACCCUGGUUAUCCAAAAACAGCUGCAGAGCGAAUGCGAGAGUAUAGAGCUCGGAAAAAAAAAGAAACUCUAACGGUAAAUCAUCAAAAACAAAGAAGAUCAGCCGCACAGCGUGCCAAAGAGUACAGAAUCCGAAAAAAAAUGAAGAUCCAUUCAGGAGAAAUCACCACGUUCAAUACGAUGGAUCCCCAAGCGCACGUUGUUUCAACGUCUAGUACACCGAUGUUGACUGAGGAUGUUUUGCCCUCAACGUCUGCAAUACCUCCCACUGUGCAACACUCAGCCAAUCCCGCCGAAUCUAAUACCUUGCGAAACCAAAUCACCACGCUCAACAUGAUGGAUCCCUGUGCGCACAUUCCUUCAACAUCCAGUACACCGAUGGAGACCGAGGAUGCUUUGCCGUCAACGUCUGCAAUACCCACCACUGCCGAAAAAAAUGCCCUGCGAAAUCGUGAGUACAGAAAACGUGUAGCAGCUACUAGAACCCCAGAACAGGCCGCGGCGUUUGCAAGAAAAGCCGCUGAAAGACAACGCAAAGCGUACCAUCUACGUAGAGCUGCAAAUUUAGCUCUCGCCAGCGGCACGGUGGAGACAACUAGAAUUGUACAAACCAGCGCUCAGCGAAAACGUGCAUCUCGACAGCGUCAAGCCGAACGCGUUAGGAGUGCUGCACAACCCAGUACUUCAUCGAAUAAAGCAGCAGUGCACCAAGAACAACCUACCUGGUCUACAAAAUGGUCUUCGUCAAUACAUCGAUUCAAAUCUACUUUCCUGGAUAACGAUUUUGGCCAUACUUGUUCGGUUUGCGAUAGAUUAUGGUUCAGAAAUGACCUUAAAGCCAUCACUGCUGCACAAAUGCAGAUAAUCUCAGAUUGGUGUGUUAAGGAAAAUCGGCAAGUACACGCCCAGGAAUUUACAUUGGUUUGCGCCAACUGUAAACGUUCGCUGAAUACAGGAAAGCUUCCGAGUCUUGCGAAGAUGAACGGCUUCACAUAUCCUGAGGUACCUCCAGGUCUACCGCCAUUGGAUCCAAUCAGUGAACGGUUGAUCUCACCACGUCUGCCAUUUAUGCAAGUACGUCGACUCCGUCAUGAUGAUGGGAUCAUUGGACAAGUGAUCAACGUUCCAGUCGACGUGCAAGAAAUGGUGAAAUGCUUACCUCGGCAACUGGAUGAGGACGAAGUAAUCAAUGUCAACAUAAAACGGAAUCUUGCGCACAAAACGAAUUACGUUAGCGGAUACACGUCUAAACGUACGAUCAAGGAAUGGUUGGAUGUACUUCAGAAGUCGAGCCUUUAUCGUUUAUACGAUAUCAAAGUAGAUUUGUCGAAGCUACAGCUUACAGUGCCAUCAGAAGAAAUCCUGCCGGAUGAACCUGGUCCUCGCAUCGAAGCAAUUUCUGCUGAAUAUACACCUGAAUCUGAAAUUCUUGCUGCUAGACAGCACACACUAUUGUGGAACGAAGAGGAUUGUCUUGACAUCGCACCAGGACAUCGGGCAACGCCUCUCAACAUCAUUUAUGACCGUCAUGCUGAAGAAUUAUCAUUUCCUGCAAUAUACUUCGGAGAACCACGUCGUUUCAACAUGGGAGUUUCGGUGACACCUUAUAUGAUGGCGACCAGUGAAAUAAGACGAAGUGACAGACGCGGCGCCACGCCUCAAAAAAUCUUGUACGUUGCUAUGAAGAUCUUACGUCUACGCAUGGUGGAUGGAAUUUACAGCACGUUCCGGAAAGUGCCGGUUACAGAAAACGUAACUCGACGAAUGUUAGAAGACCCAGAAUUUCUUAAAGAAUUUGGUAUACAAAACCUUGCCUUUAUGAAAUCAGUGCCAAACUCCGUCCAGUACUGGACCUCUCGCAAACGGGAUCUCUUUGCUAUGCUCCGUCAACUUGGGAAGCCGACCAUCUUUCUCACUCUAAGUGCAAAUGAAGUACGCUGGUUGACAUUACUGAACUUACUCCUCAAAUUGAGUAACAAAUAUCCUGGCAAAGUUGCUGAAGAUCUAAACACAUCAGAGCGGUGCAGCUUAGUGAGUGACGAUCCAGUUACGUGCUGCAUAUAUUUUCACAAACUUGUUGGUACAUUGAUGAACAUGUUGAAAGCGAAGUCGAAUUAUAAUCCGUUCGGCCAAUACUUUGUUAAGGAUUAUUUUCUUCGCAUUGAGUUCCAGCAUCGCGGAAGUCCCCACGCUCAUAUUUUACUGUGGUUGAACAACGACCCCCUCGAAACCGUUUCAGAAAAUAUGCCCAACACCAUCGAACUUGUGGAGAAACUAAGUUCAGUUGCAAAAGAAGAUGUGCCUAACGAUACCAUCUACUCCAACCAAAUACAUAAGCACACUUUCACCUGCACGAAACGAGGCGAAACGACUUGCAGAUUUGGAAUCCCGUACUGGCCAAUGCUGACUACCCGUGUAUUGGUACCAAUGCCAAAAACUGAUGGACGCCGCGUUGCAUUCCAGAAAAAGGGUAAAGAGCUACGAACUUCCCUUAGCGACCGUACAUAUGCUAGCAUGGACGACUUUCUGAGGGAUCAUAGUUUGACGUUCGAUGCAUACCUCGACGUAGUGCGUUCAACUCUGCGCAGGCCAACAUUGUUGUUCAAACGCAACUUCGACCAACUGAUGACGAACACAUUCAACCCUUACCUUGCUGGUGAAAUUAAUUCCAACAUUGACAUCCAGUUUGUCUUAGAUGAUUAUAGCUGCGCACAGUACGUCGUGGAAUACGUUAACAAAUCGGCUCGCGGAAUGGGUAACUUGAAUCGAGAGCUGGCGAAAAUGAUGCAAGAGCAUCCUGACCGGGACUACACGGGCCAAUUGAAGGCUUUGAGUAUUAAACUUCUAAAUGCAGUUGAAAUGUCGGCCCAAGAAGCAGCGUGGUAUUUAUUACGACAACCGAUGAGCGAAACAAGCCGUCAAGUCGUGUACAUACCAACAGUAUGGCCAUCGGAGAGACAACGUUGCCGCAAACGUCGUGUACAAAUGAAUCGCGAAGGAAUUGAUGCUGACAGUACAGACGUAUGGACCAAAAAUAUCAUUCAGCGAUAUGAAGAACGACCUCCUUCCUUGGAACCUGUAUAUUUGGCCGAGUUUGCUUCGUGGUAUGCUAAAUGUCAAGAUUUCAUCGACAAUGAAGACGACGUGGACGUGCAUGAGUAUGAAAAUUUGGAACCAGAGACCGAAGAAGAAACGACGUCAAGACAAUAUCGCAGACGACAGAUGGGACGGAUCAUACGAUACAGGCAUUACGAAGUAGAUGAAAUUGUCAACUAUCAACGUGAGAUGGUGCUGCUGUAUCUGCCCUUCCGCAAUGAAUUAUCUGAAAUUGUUGAUUGCAAUAAAUUUCUACAAUUAUACAACGACAACAAGGAUGUCAUCAUAGAACGCCGUCAGAUAUACGAGAAAAAUCUUAACAUCGACAGUGUGCUACAGGAGCUUGAAGCAAUGAUGAUUCUGCAAAAUUCUAACAGCACAGAACCAGCGGAAACUGAGAAUGUGAUUUGCUGUUAGUUAAACAGGAAGAUGUUGAGCUAAGUUUUUUAGAUAAGGAUGAAACAAUUGAAAAA